CCACAAACGCGCCAAUCUACAUACAAAUGACCGAAAUACAAACCGUAUUAUAAUCUCGACAAGAAGUAGCUGUAAACACAGGGAUACUAACGUUUUUAAUUCUGUGGAAUAUUGCUAUAAUUUUUGGAAUAUAAAAUCCUACUUGUGCUUCUAUUCAUGCGAGGGAUUUCUUUAUUAUAUUUAAACUGGAAACCAUAUAGAGAAAGGGAGUAGAUUUCUACUGGCUGCAACCAGAGGAAAGUGUUACAGUGUGUCUUGGAUUUUUAAAGAAUUAGUGUACAUUUAAUCUGCAAUGGCUGAUCAACUGACAGAAGAGCAGAUUGCAGAAUUUAAGGAAGCAUUCAGUCUAUUUGACAAGGAUGGUGAUGGCACCAUCACAACAAAAGAGUUGGGAACUGUGAUGAGGUCACUAGGUCAGAAUCCAACAGAGGCCGAAUUACAAGACAUGAUCAACGAAGUAGAUGCAGAUGGUAAUGGUACAAUAGACUUUCCAGAAUUUUUAACCAUGAUGGCAAGAAAAAUGAAAGACACAGAUUCAGAGGAGGAGAUUCGUGAAGCAUUCCGAGUUUUUGAUAAGGAUGGCAACGGUUUCAUAAGUGCAGCUGAAUUGAGGCAUGUGAUGACAAAUUUGGGGGAGAAAUUAACUGAUGAAGAGGUAGACGAAAUGAUCAGGGAAGCAGAUAUUGAUGGUGAUGGACAAGUUAACUAUGAAGAGUUUGUCACGAUGAUGACGUCCAAGUAACAUGAUAUCCUGUGGUCAUUUUCUCCUUUCAAUCUUAUCUUUCGUCAUGUUAAAACUGCAGGCUCAAUGUGUACAGUGCAUGGUUAAGUCCUGUACUGUAGACAGCCACAGAUGGACAUGCAGCAGACACCUGUCACCCAGGACUAUUGACCACUAUGUACAGUUUGUAAUAUAUUCUGGCCAUGUAUAGGGGGUUACAUUCUUUCCCCUUUAUUCAUGUAUUUUGUGGGUACUUUGCCCAAUUUAAGUCAUUGUAGUUUGUCAAGUCUUUAGUGUAGAUUUGGGCUAUUACUAAUACUUCAGAACUGGCUAGAAUGGAAUACUGAUCACACCAGAUUACUAGGUCUAUAGUAAUGUUUACACCAAAAAUCAUGAAGAAAAUAAUGUGUUGUAAUAGCCAAAAAAAAAAAGUUGGAAAUUGUUAACUUGUAAAGGUGAAAAAUUACAUUACAAUUGUCUUGUUUUCUUUUUAUUUGUAAAUAGUCUUGAAACUGAAUGAAGAGUAAUAACUAUUUUGUUUGGGGUUUUAUGCUGCAAGAAUAAAUAGAAUGACGUUCUAGCCAGUGUCUCUUUCUAGCUUGUAUAUCAUUGCAUUUGACAAAACAAAGACUGUUUACUGCUUGUUCUGCUGCAAGGAUAAGCCUUAUCUCUUGGUAAAUUUUGCUACAUUUUUUUUUUUUUUUUUUUUACCAUGUUUGGUUUUUUUCAUAAGGAAUACUAUAAUAGCUGUUGUUGUUUUUGGUGGCUAGAUUCAUGGGUUUUUUUUGUUUUUUCUUGAACUGAUUCGGGAAGUUUUAUGGUGGCUUUAAAUUUGCCCAAACAGUUUUACGCAGCAAAUACUGUUCUGUUAUGGGAGAAAGUUACAGGACACGAGUAAUUGAUAUAAAAUUAUUUUGAGGUGGUAUUGCAAAUUGAUGGUUCUUUUACUAACUAGUUGCAUUGUGUUUGAGACCUUCAUUUGCUUCACCGAAUGAUACUUCAUUGUUGAUAACACACUUGAUCCACUGUCGGUUUUAUGUCUUGUUCUAACAUCUUCUAAUCAUCAUCAUUCACAUCGAUAAAUGUUGUGUUUCCAAUGGAGAUGUACAUUUUAUUUCUGCCUUUUGAUCAAUUUUUCUUAUCUAUGUUCUUUUAAAAACAUUUGAUUAUAUCAUGGAUCUCAUUGUGUCAUAAAUCAUGUAAAUCCAUAA